AUGGCGCACUACUUCCUCCGUGACGCGGCGAGUGGGAAACGGGAGCUCCUGCGUCCGGGGAAAAACGUCAUUGGUCGCAGCGCCGCCGUUUCCGCGGUCGAGGGCGUGUCGUUUGUGAAUGUGGAGUCUCCCUUCGCCACGAUCAGCCGCGUGCAGGCGGUGAUUGAGGUGGCCGGUAACGGCGAUGUGUGGGUGACAGACUGCAACAGCACCAAUGGGACAUUUUUGGCUGUCAACGCGGGCCACGGUAUUCGCCUCGAGCCGCAGCGCUUUUAUCAACUGAAGCCGGGCAAUCGUGUUAUUUUGGGUGACGUGGAGAUGUGCCUUGAGGCUGUUGCCUCCACAACGGGCGACGCGUAUGAGCUGAAGAGCGUUGCCACGCCGCUCUCUGCUCCAUUGUCGUCGAAUGCGUCGUACCCCACAAACCUAAGCGGCACGCAUAGUGAAAUUUUAUGCGCCUCGACGGAUACGCGGGCCGCCACGACAGCCGCCAUCCACAGCCUUGUGGAGCGACCUAGCGAAUCUGCUGAGACGGGGGCGAAAGGAACAGACUUGGGGAGCUCCCACGAGUGUGCGCCGGACGAACGUUUAGAUGAGGGAGUGGGGUUGCCGCCCCAUCUUGAGACAUCGUCCACGCCGGGAAGAAAGCGUCAUAGAACACAGCACGACAUAACUUCGCCAGGAGUCGCCGUAAAGUCGACUUGCUCUCCGCGUCGUGUGCAGUGGGUAUGCUUCUCGGGCAUGGACGGUACGGAGAAGGCACGCGCGCAAAAAUUAGCAAAAAAACUUGGGUGGCAGACUACCGACAAAGUUAUUGACGCGGAGUUGCUUGUCGUUGGCUCUCCGGUGGCGAGAACACCAAAAUUUCUUGUCGCCGUUGGACGGGGCAUUCCUGUUGCUACGGAAAACUUUUUGGAAAAUGGGGAUACGGCACAGCUGGAGAAGUACGUCCCGGCGCUGAGUCACGGCUCCCACACGUACAGCGCGGUGAGUCUUCGAAAAGUUAUUUUUCGCACCUGCAAGACUCCCAUUAUGCAGGGGAUGUCUUUUUACUUGGGUGCUCUUCCGCAGAAGGUGCGUGGCGUGGCGCGGGAGAUCAUCCUGGGCUGCGGUGGUGAGAUUGCGCGAAACCCGUCAAAUGGUGCGCGCGCCCUCACCGAGGAGAGCCUCGAUAAUAUUUACGACUGCGUGCUGCGUGGGUGUACGUUGUGA